ACAGAUAAGGUAAUUUUAUAUCCAACAACUGGAAUUUUGAAAGCUGGCAAGUUAACAGCAGUUAUGGGUCAAUCUGGUUCUUCAAAAUCAACUUUUUGUAAUGUUCUUUGUGGAAGAGCUUCCCAUGGUAUUCAGAAAGGAAAAGUCCUAAUCAAUGGAAAUUCAUUCUCUGGAAAUACUAACAAUUUAGUUGGAUUUGUUACACAAGAUGACAUUAUGUCUCCUCAUUUAACUGUCAAGGAAACUUUGGAGUUUUCAUGUAAGAUUAGAAAGAAUAAGAAGAAUUCUGAAAAGGUCGAAGGUGUAAUGCAAAAGUUAGGAAUUACAAAAGUUCAAAAUUCACAAACUUCAGUAAUCAGUGGAGGUGAAAAAAGAAGAACAUCAAUUGGUAUUGAAAUGGUUGCAGACACACCAAUUUAUAUUCUAGAUGAACCUAGUUCUGGACUCGAUUCAGAAUCUGCUCUCUCCCUUUGUAAAACCCUUAGAGAAAUAGCAGAAGAAAACAACUCGAAUAUUAUUUGUGUUAUCCAUCAACCUUCAUAUGAAAUAUUGGAACAAUUUCAUGAUAUAAUGCUGUUCAGGGAAGGUAGAUUACUAUUCCACAGUCCU